AUGGGCGGAGACGGCAAAUUCUACACCUUGGCGGAAGUUUCUCAGCACACGAGCAACCAGGAUUGUUGGAUCAUCAUCGACGGCAAGGUUUAUGAUGUGACCAAGUUCUUGGACGACCAUCCUGGUGGUGACGAGGUCAUCUUGACUUCUACAGGGAAAGACGCGACGGAUGAUUUUGAGGAUGUGGGACAUAGUUCAACUGCUAAAGCUAUGCUUGAUGAGUACUAUGUGGGUGAUAUUGAUACAUCCACUGUCCCAACCAAAACCAAGUUUGUUCCUCCUCCUCCUAAGCAGACCGAGUCUAACCAGAACAAGAGCUCGGAUUUUCUCAUUAAGAUCCUUCAGUUCCUUGUUCCUCUUUUAAUCUUAGGCUUGGCUCUCGGUAUUCGUUCUUACACCAAGGUUCCUUCCUCUUCUUAAGGAGACUCUAUUGGGUGGGUCUUUUGAGUGUUUACCUUAUGUACUACGUGGUUACACUCUUUGCCACUUUAUCUAUCUAUCUGCCUGUCUUGUAAAGACUCCAGAUAUCAGAUUCUUAUUCGGUCAAGUGGAUGGAUCUGUUGAUGUGAGAGACCUUUUGAUUUCAAAUUAGCUACAUUUGUUUGUCUUAUAUGAUUAUUGUUGUUUGGUUUCCUCUCCUAUAACAAUAUUUUUUUUUU